UUUUCCAAACAAACCCCCUUCGCCCUCUUUUUUCGCCGGACUUUUCUUCCUGUGCGCGUCCGAGGAAUCGAUAAUUAUCAGGUGAUAAAACACACUUUUCUCCCCCACCACCAAAGCGUUGUUUAGCGACUCCACUGACCGACUGCCCCCUACCUACCACCUUAAACAAACACCCAACUUACACCGAUUUCGGCGGGCCACCAACUCCCGGCGCUUCUCUCCCGGAUGACGAGAACAGGAGGUGAAAAUGGGAAGGAGAGACGCCGGUCCCGAAGCAAAUCGGUCUCACCGGAGCGCAAGAAGAAGCGAUCCCGGAGCCAUGAACGUAGCAGCAAAUCCGGUACAAUGCGUUCAUCGGCCAGCAGCCACUCGAGCGGGCAAUCCGGCACUUCCACCGGUAACGGGCGCAGUGGUCGUAGCGAACGCAGCCACCGGGAGGAUCACCGGGAACGGGAGAAAGAGCGCGAGAAAGAACGGGACCGUGAGUUGGAUAAGGAGCGCGAAAAGGAAGCGGCCCGGAAGCGUGAACGGGAGAAGGAACGGGAAAAGCUAAGGGAACAGGCCACCAAGUAUGCGCAGAGCGUUAGCAGCAAUAAUAUCGGCAUCGGCAGUAGCGCCGUCCCCAUCACCAGCAUCCCUAUGCCCAGCGUGCCCAUCAUUGCGCCCGUUACCACCCACACCACCAAGCAAUCGAAGUUCGAUCAAAUGCCACCGGGGAUGAUGGCACCACCACCGCUCCUCCCACCGACGGUUGUCGUGGUUGAGAAGCUGGCGGACGAGAAACGCCCGGUACCGCUUAUGGUGGUGCCACCGAAGGAGAAACCGAAAGAAGAGGUGUACGAAGUUCCGGCGGCUCCGAUCGACAAGGAAGAAGAACAGCGUCGUCUGGAGCAAGAGAUGACGAAACGGAGGGAACGUAUCGAACGGUGGCGUGCAGAGAGGAACAAGAAGGAUCUGGAGAUCAAAAAACCACUGCCAGUUAUCGUUCCAUCGUCCUCGUUGUCGGCGAAAAAGUGGAGCCUCGAGGAUGACGAGGAGGACGAAGAGCUGGACGAUGGCAAGGAUAAGACCGGAGAGAAUGCUGUCCCCGAGGAGGAAGAGAUCGAUCCGCUGGAUGCGUACAUGCGGGACGUAAACGAGGAGGUGCGGAAGGUGAACAAACUGGCGAACCCGAUGCCGAAAUCGGAUGGCAAAACAUCGGGAAGCACGGGCGGUGUGACGAUCAUCACCGGUGUUGCAAAGCAGAAAACGGAAGCGAAAAAGGGCGAACUGAUCGAACAGAAUCAGGACGGUCUGGAGUACUCGUCGGAGGAGGAACAAGAGGACAUCAAGGACACGGCCGCGAACCUUGCGAACAAGCAAAAGAAAGAGCUGGCCAAGAUCGACCAUUCCGGCAUUAACUAUUUGCCGUUCCGGAAGCUGUUCUACGUCGAGGUGCCCGAGAUUGCACGCAUGACGCAGACCGAGGUGGACGCGUACAAGAAGGAACUGGAGGGGAUCGCGGUGAAGGGUAAGGGUUGCCCGAAACCGAUCAAAACCUGGGCCCACUGUGGCGUUUCGCGGAAAGAGUUUGAAGUGUUGCGCAAGCUGGGCUUUGAAAAACCGACACCGAUCCAGUGUCAAGCCAUUCCGGCCAUCAUGUCCGGGCGCGAUCUGAUCGGUAUCGCCAAGACGGGCAGCGGUAAGACGCUCGCCUUCAUUCUGCCCAUGUUCCGGCACAUUCUCGAUCAACCACCGCUAGAGGAUGGUGAUGGACCGAUCGCGAUCAUUAUGACGCCGACACGGGAACUCUGCAUGCAAAUCGGGAAGGACAUUAAAAAGUUCUCGAAAUCAUUGAAUCUACGCACGGUCUGCGUGUACGGAGGGACGGGCAUUUCGGAGCAGAUUGCUGAGCUGAAGCGGGGUGCCGAGAUCAUCGUGUGCACACCGGGCCGCAUGAUCGAUAUGCUGGCGGCCAACUCGGGACGCGUCACGAAUCUGCGCCGUGUCACGUACAUCGUGCUGGAUGAGGCCGAUCGGAUGUUCGAUAUGGGCUUCGAGCCGCAGGUUAUGCGCAUCAUCGAUAAUAUACGGCCGGACCGGCAGACGGUCAUGUUUAGCGCUACGUUCCCGCGCCAGAUGGAGGCACUGGCGAGGCGUAUCCUGAAGAAACCGAUCGAGGUGCAGGUCGGUGGUCGGUCGGUUGUGUGCAAGGAAGUCGAACAGCACGUCGUGGUGCUGGAGGAUGAGGCCAAGUUUUUCAAGCUGCUCGAACUGCUCGGAGUGUACCAGGAGCAGGGUAGCAUUAUCGUGUUCGUCGAUAAGCAGGAGAAUGCCGACAUUCUGCUGAAGGAUCUCAUGAAGGCAUCGUACGCCUGUAUGAGCCUGCACGGUGGUAUCGAUCAGUUCGAUCGGGAUUCGACCAUGAAUGAUUUCAAGCAGGGCCGGGUUAAGCUACUGAUCGCCACAUCCGUGGCAGCCCGUGGGCUCGACGUGAAGCAGCUGAUCCUGGUCGUUAAUUAUGACUGUCCGAAUCACUACGAGGACUACGUACACCGGUGUGGCCGUACCGGGCGUGCCGGUAAUAAGGGAUUCGCCUGGACAUUCCUAACACCCGAGCAGGGUCGCUAUGCGGGCGAUAUUAUACGUGCGCUCGAGCUGUCCGGUGGCACCGUGCCGGAAGAUCUUCGGCAACUCUGGGAUACGUACAAAUCGGCCCAGGAAGCCGAGGGUAAGAAAGUGCACACCGGCGGUGGAUUCAGUGGAAAGGGCUUCAAAUUCGAUGCCCAGGAAGCGGCGGCCGUCAACGAGCGCAAAAAGAUGCAGAAGGCUGCCCUCGGCCUGCAGGACUCGGAUGAUGAGGAAGAUCUUGAGCAGGAUAUUGAUCAGCAGAUCGAAAGCAUGUUCGCCACGAAGCGUAUUGUGAAGGAGGUGGAAGUGCCCAGCAGCAGUAACUCGAAUGCUAACCGCGAACAGCCCAACAAUCCACCACCGGCACCGGCUCCACCCGUACCAACGGUGACGCACUCGGAUAAACUCGAGCUCGCUAAGCGGUUGGCAUCGAAGAUUAACCUCCAGAAGACGCUCGGUGUGGACUCGAAGGUGGCCACACAACAGGCGGCCGAAGCGAUCCUGAAGGGAGCCAACACCCAGCAGCUCAUUACGGCGAAAACGGUGGCCGAGCAGCUGGCCGCGAAGCUGAACAAUAAGCUCAACUAUCAACCGAAGGACGAAGAGGAACCGGUCGUGGAAACGAAUGAGCAGGUGUUCCGCAAGUACGAGGAAGAGCUGGAGAUUAACGACUUUCCGCAGCAAGCUCGCUGGAAGGUUACUUCGAAGGAAGCACUGGCACAGAUAUCGGAGUACUCGGAGGCUGGUCUUACCGUGCGUGGUACAUAUGUGCCACCAGGGAAGAACCCACCGGAUGGUGAGCGUAAGCUGUAUCUAGCCAUAGAGAGCUGCAAUGAGCUGGCCGUGACGAAGGCGAAACGUGAGAUCACGCGCCUGAUUAAGGAAGAGCUGCUGAAGCUGCAAGCAUCUUCGCAUCACGUCAUCAACAAAGCCCGCUACAAGGUACUGUAGGGAGUGUAAGGGUUCGAAUCGAGGCGGCUCCUUUUUUGCAGUCCAGUGCAUAACGUUGAGCUCUGAAAUCGAUUGAAACAAAAUACGAAAUAAUAUACUUAGGCUGGCUAGUGCUAGCA